UCUGCAUAUCAGGCUGCAUUUUGAGCGUGGGCGUUUGAAUGGAGUGGGCUCGCAAGACUCUUUGGAUUGUUCAAUCUUUGCAACACGAGAUCAUUUUCUUGUCUGAGGAGAGGACCAUGCAGCACCAAACACGCACCUGUUGUACCUCACUACAGCAGAGCGCCAGAUGGGUGAUCACCAGCCCAGGUUUGACGUCUUUUCAACCACAGAAAGCACCUUUACCAGACAAUUUGCACGCAGAAGUUUCAACGGGCCUUGACUUGUUCGGACAGUUUCUUCAUCUUGGGCAAGCACAUUUAGCUGUUUGUGUCACCGAUCCUUCUUAUGCAGCGGAUUUGUGUCGCAAUAUACCAUCUGAUUAUGCCCUCUGACGCAGCUUCGAUAAAUCACAGCUGAUUGAGCGAGCUGUUCGAGCUCGAUACGGAAGCCAACACAAGAUAGACCUUCGAUAGAAGCUGAACGCUUUGAGAGGUUCCAAAUGAAAAGACCGAACUAGUACAGACAAGUGCUGUUUGAAGUCCUUGCCAUUUUGCUUUGGUGGGUCCGGUCGAAGGACGGCUCGGUAAAUGCAUCCACAAUCCUAGUGACGUCUUGCAGGUCUUCCGAGAGAGUUAUAUGUGUGAAUCAGUUGGGGUUUGCUAAAAGCCCAUCUGGUUUUUGUUUGACCUGCUGGAGGAAUCAUCCAACGCCUGCCUCGUGCUAUGCAGCCACAUUGGCUGGUAGCAUUUUAGCCGCAAGGCACCCUUAAAGCGAGUAUGUCCAUUGAGUUCGAUGCUUGUGGAAUGCUUGCUGGUGCCGCAAAGCACACGAAAAAUCGGAUUUGGCCAACCAUAGUUCCUGGUUAUCAGUCUGACUUAGAGUG